AUGGAUGACGAUCCAACUACUUACUUUCGUGAUUUUUCCACAUCCUACCUGGAAGACAGAAUCUCUCAUGUUUCAGAAUAUGCUAACCCGAUGGCUCAUUUUCAUGAUUCCUUUGCAUCCACUGCAGGAGAUACAAGCUCUUCUAUUUCAAAGGAUGUUGGGAGUCUCAAGCAAAUUAAGGGGAUAAGGGUGGUCGAAGUCCAAGCUCCAGAUGUCCAAUUGGAGCUCUUAGAUUGGAUGAGAGUUACAUCUGAAAUUGAAUUUGAGCUACUACACAGCUUCUCCCCAUAUAGUUCUGCAAGCUUUGCAUAUAAGCAUCUUAUCAUGGAAGAGGAUGAUUCUUCAGCCUCAAAAAAUGUAAAUGAUCAGACAUCAUCAGCUUAUGGGGGUAGAAUUGUGGAAGAACCCAGAGUUGUGGUGCAUACAAUAAGUGAAGCUGAUAUCCUGGAAGAUGGAUAUAGCUGGAAGAAAUAUGGACAAAAAGAAUUUAUGGGAUAUCCAAAUCCAAGGAGCUACUAUAAAUGCGCAUUUCGAGGAUGUCCAAUGAAAAAAUAUGUGGAUCAAACAUCACAUGACUCAAGGGUUGUGACUACCACAUAUAAAGGGACACACAACCAUGGUAGUAGCAGCAACAACAUGUACAUGCCUGUCUUAGACUUGCCCUUUCAGAACAUAGAGCAGCGAACAACACAAACUCAGCUGUGUCUUGAGGCCCAGGACCAAGUAAGUGAAGAUGAUUUGUUUUGGGAAUAA